AUGUCUCCAACAACCCCCAGCACCUCAGUCCAAGAUCUUCCAAAUGAAAUCCUCGCCCUCACCCUGACCAACUUCCUAGCAAAAGAACUCAUCCCCAUCGCCUGCACCAGCCGCCGCUUCCACUCCAUCGUCGCCGAGACCAUCCGCCGCCGCCUCCUCGACGCCGCCACCCUCCCCGGUCACGAGCUCGUGUUUGAAUGCUACCACCCCAGCGCCAGACUAACCACCCCGUCCCUCGCCUGCCACUUCCUCGGGGUCAAGAAUCUGGCCCCCCAGACCCAAAGCACUGAUGAGCCCAGCCUGUCCUCGUCCCUCAGUCUCCUUGACAGGCAGCAGUACGCAUCCCUCCGCCCAACCAUCACAGAGGAGGAGCGGCGCACCAGACGCCGCCGCCGCAGCCGCCGCAACGCCUCAGCUGACAACGACGAAGAGGAAGACGACUCAGUCACCGAGGACAUCUACCUCGAUGAGGAUGAGCACUUCACCCAGCUGUGCACCAAGGUCCACGUCUCCAGGCUGUCGCCGCGGCAGGGGUACUUCCUCACCCACGUGAAUGUAUUCGACGGCGUCAUCCGCCUGUGGAGGGACUCCCUUGCUGAGCUGUCGAGUCCCCCCGCGGGGGCAGACGGACAGGGCCAGAGGGGCACGCUGAUAUGGGCAGACACCAAGCGCACGGUCGGGGUCAGGCUCGAGGUGACCCCGGGUGGCAUGGAGCGUAUGCCAGUCCUCUCUGGCCCUGAUGACCUGCCUCCCAUGUCUUACAAGAUCCUCUACCUAGAACUCCUUGUCCCCGUAAGCGAGUUGCUUCUGGCAGUGGAGAGGUCCGCCAUCCAGGAGGAUUCACAAACCGGCAAGGCGAUUGUGAUUGCUUUCAUGAAUUAA